AUGGCAAGAUAUUUUGAAAACACGUCUACCUUUAACUUUAGUUGGGAUCAAGUCACUCGCGGCUACUGGAAGAGGUAUCCAAACCCUCAGAGUACUCAUGUCCUGUCAGAAGAUACAUGGAGUAGAGAAGUGAAAGAUGGAUGUCUAUACACAAAGAGAGUUUUAACGAAGACAAACAGAGUACCUAAAUGGGGAGAAAGGUUUUUCAACGCGAAAUCAGUGAAGAUCAUCGAGGAGAGCGUGCUAGAUCCAGAGAAGAAAAUAUUUGUGACCUACACAAGGAACCUAGGAUACACGAAAGUUAUGAGUGUGGUGGAACGCGUGGAGUACCGCUCGGCAGGUCCGGGACUGACGGUGGCGCGUCGCUCCGCAUGGAUAGAUUCACAAGUGUUCGGCUUUUCACGAGCCAUCCGCGCCUUCGGAGUCGACAGGUUCAAGAAGAAUUGCAAUCAAAUGGUAAGCGGCUUCAACCACGUCCUGCACAGUAUGUUCCCGCGUCAGGUACCCUCGCAGCACAGUAUGACGCACACGCUGAAGGAGAUGCGCGAGGCCGCCGCCGCAGCCACCGACCGCGCCAAGGCCAACGUACUGUCCACUGUCAACAGGACAUAA